AUAUAUAUACAAUUCCACAAUUGAUAAAGAAUCUGUAUAAAGACUCCUUUUCCCCUACUGCUUUUUCCCAAUCCGAAAUCAUCCCUUUCUUCUAAAUCCUCAUCUGGCCUGUAAAUUAAUUUAAUGGAAUUAGGGUUGAGCUUAGGGUUCUUGGAUAAAAAUAUCCAGAACCAGAACCAGAAGAAGAAGAUCAACAAUGGCGGUUUGGAUUUCUGUAUUGCUUUGGGCCUCAACUCUGUCGCAGUUGGGAAUGAUCGAGAAACCGAAAUAAGACAAACCCAGCAAUCUCAUGAAAAUGACGACGAGGACGGCGGCGAUGGCGGCGGCGGCGGCGGAGGUGGUGGUUGUGAGAUUUCAGACGACGGAGAUGGCAGUGAUGAUAAUACUCCAGGGGAAGCUCAUCUUCAGCUCAAUCUAGCUCCGGUUGUUCCUCGCCGGAGAUUGUCGUCCCAUAUUCAGUCGUUUCCUUGGUCUUCAGAUAAUGUGUUUGGCCCUUCUGAAGGGAGUUCGGAAAACGGUGGCUCGUCGGGGAACAUCGGCGCGGCGGCGGCGUGGGGGUUGGACGUGAACAGGCUGCCGGAGGCAGCCGCCUCCGCGGCGGAGGACGUGUCGUCGGAGAACACCGCCGGAUCUCCAUUCAACUUGGGCUUCGGCGUUUACAGAAACACUGAAAAUCCGCCGAGCGGCGCCGCUGGUAAGAGGGACUUCGACGCCGCCGCCGUCGGAAACGACGGCUCCGCCGGCUCAUCCAGAGCCAGCGACGACGAUGAGAACGGAGUCAACGCCCGGAAAAAGCUCCGGUUGUCGAAAGAACAGUCUGCUUAUCUUGAAGAAAGCUUCAAAGAACACAACACCCUCAAUCCUAAACAAAAGCAGGCUCUUGCAAAACAGCUGAAUCUCCGACCUCGUCAGGUCGAAGUUUGGUUUCAGAACAGAAGGGCAAGGACGAAGUUAAAGCAGACGGAGGUUGACUGUGAGUAUCUGAAGCGGUGCUGCGAAACGUUGACGGUGGAAAACAGACGGCUGCACAAAGAAGUGCAGGAAUUGAGGGCUCUCAAAACAACAUCCAAUAAUCCAUUCUACACCCAACUUCCGGCCACCACCCUCACCAUGUGUCCGUCGUGUGAACGCGUCGCCACCACCACCGCCGCCGCCGCCGCCGUAUCUCCGCCCACCGCGAACAACAAUAAUAAUAGUAUCACGAAAGCAAUUGGAUUUCCAGUGAGCAGACCGAGAUUUUACCCCUUUUCACAAACUCCAACGCAUCAUCACAAUAGUAAAAGCAGUGUGUGA